GGAGGGGCUCGUAGUUGCUCCAAGGCGUGUUGCUAUAGCUACUUUCCUGUCAAUCUCAAGUUUGGCUGUAUUUUCUCUGUUGGUAAAAAUACAAGCCAGCAUGGCAGACCGUGGAAGUGGUGGAAUUGAUGAGAUCUUCAAAAGCACUCUUGAGGAUAUGGUUAAGAUGCCAGAGAAAGAGUCGAAUCAUCUGACACCAGCUACCAGGCUGUUGGAGAAGAGAAGAGAGAUGGCAGAAGUGGAGCAAGCCCUCGCUUCACAAAAAGAGGAGUUCCAGUUGAAAAUGGAGACUCUACAGCAACGUCGCGAUGAGCUCGAGCGAAAAGAGCAACAGCUAAAAGAAUCACUUCUCAAGUUUGACAAAUUCUUGAAGGAAAAUGAUUUGAAACGAGGCCGUGCUCUUAAGAAGACCAAAACCGAACAGGAGCUAGGUCGUCAGAAGGACAAAGAGAUCGAGCGGCUAGGGCAGGAGCUACAAGAGCACUCUGCAAUCGUCAAGGAGCAGAAGAACGAUAUGGCUAGAUAUGCAGCCUGUAAACAGUUUAUGGAGAGUGUCAUAGACUACUCGGAUGAAUUUGACGAGGUCCAUGAAGUGAUAGCACGCUACAGUACUUUGGAGCACACGAGAGAAGACCUAAUGGAGAAUGAGAGAGAGUCUCAAGACUUGAUUGAAAUACAAAGGGCGAGUAUGAAGAAGUUCACUGAUGAUAAGAACAACGAGGUGCUGGCAUGUAACAAUGAGCUGGCUCACUUGCAGACCAGACUGGAGGAGGCUCAGACCAAGACCAUGAAGUGGGAGAGUGAGUGGAUUCGUAUUCAGACCACCUCGACUCAGAAGACGCUCUUGUUGGGUCAGAUCAAGAUGGCUACUCAUAAUCUCUCCACUCUAAUGUACAAGCACCUACAGCGGAGAGUGCCAGCACACGAGGCUGAACAAACACUGCUACAGUUAGACAAGCUCCAAACAUUCCUGAAAGAUUUGACUGAGAUCACUCAUGAAAUCCAGAGACAUGAAUCAGCCAUUCCUAACCAACAGUUACUACGACUACAACCACUCAGCUAGCUGCUGUAUAAAUAAUAAUUAUUGUUAUGCUACAAUUUGAUCUCCUUCAGUUGAUGUGUUGUACACCACAUGUUGUAUACAUGUGGUUCUCAAAGAAAUGUUAUAAAUCAA